CGAUCGUGGUCAAGGUAUCCCGCUUCAAUCUUCACCACGACCAUCUCCUCCGGCCGCUCACUACCUGUCGACGAUGAGCGGUACACGCAGUCAGAUUGAGAAGGCUAUCGGUCAAAUACAAGACAAGCAGCCUAUACCAGAAAUUGACUUCACCCAGCACCAGCUCGACAAUGGGUUCACCAUCAGCACCCAGGAGCGCGUCGUGAAAGAGGUGCAAGCACCUGCGAUGGCCAUUCCUACGGACGAGCAAUUCUUCUCGCAUGAAGAUCCCACGAAGCCAGAUGUCGCAUUCCUCAAGAACCACUUCUACCGCGAGGGCCGAUUGUCAGAAGAACACGCCAUGUAUAUCUUGGAGAAGGCGACUGAGCUGUUGCGAGCAGAGCCAAAUCUGCUCUACGUCGAUGCGCCGGUCACAGUCUGUGGUGACAUACACGGCCAAUAUUACGAUCUUAUGAAACUGUUCGAGCUCGGGGGCAGUCCAGCAACCACGCGGUACCUCUUUCUAGGCGACUACGUCGACCGAGGAUACUUUAGUAUUGAGUGUGUGCUCUACCUGUGGUCCCUAAAGAUCUGGUACCCGGACACCAUGUUCCUCCUGCGCGGCAACCAUGAAUGCCGUCACUUGACGGAUUACUUCACCUUCAAGCUUGAGUGCAAACGUAAGUACUCAGAGCGCCUCUAUGACGCGUGCAUGCAGUCGUUCUGCGCGCUGCCUCUCGCUGCUAUCAUGAACAAGCAGUUCUUCUGUAUCCAUGGCGGUCUCUCGCCCGAGCUCCAGACGCUCGAUGACAUCCGUAAUAUCGAUCGGUUCCGGGAGCCUCCCACGCAGGGUCUGAUGUGUGAUAUUCUCUGGUCUGAUCCUGUCGAGGAUUUUGGCCAAGAGAAGAUGAACGAGAGUUUCGUGCAUAACCAUGUCCGCGGUUGCUCUUACUUCUUCACGUAUCAGGCAGCAUGCCAAUUCUUGGAACGCAACAAACUCCUUUCCAUCAUCCGAGCGCAUGAAGCGCAGGAUGCGGGGUAUCGUAUGUACCGCAAGACCCGAACAACGGGCUUCCCAUCUGUCAUGACCCUCUUCUCCGCCCCCAACUACUUGGACGUCUACAACAACAAGGCCGCUAUCCUCAAGUACGAGAGUAACGUCCUCAAUAUCCGACAGUUCAACGCCAGCCCCCACCCGUACUGGUUGCCGAACUUCAUGGACGCCUUCACGUGGAGUCUACCCUUCGUCGGUGAAAAGAUCACCGACAUGCUUCUGGCGAUGCUCAACUGCUGUUCCAAGGAAGAGUUGGAGGAGGAGAGUUCAGACGAGGAGGUCGAUGAACCGCUCGUAUCGUCAGGAGGUGCCAUUUCUGAAGAGUCUUCGGAGCGCCGUAAGGUCAUCAAGAACAAAAUCCUUGCUGUCGGGCGGAUGGCGCGCGUGUUUGCUCUCCUUCGGGAGGAGUCCGAGAGAGUAUCGGAACUCAAAAACAUUUCCGGCUCAGCUAAGCUGCCAUUCGGGACGCUUGCGUUGGGAGCAGAGGGUAUCAAGGAUGCUAUCACUGGCUUCGAGGAUGCCCGCAAAUCCGACAUCGAGAACGAACGUCUGCCGCCCGACCUCUAUGAUGCUGAGUCCGAUGAAGGUAGGGCUAUCCUGUCGUCCGGCCCUGCGUCGCCGGAGGGAGCACCGGUCUCCCCGCCGCCUGCCUCUGGCGUGGCACGCGCACUAGAGCAGGCGAUCUCCAGUGGCUCCAUUACACCCCUCAGCACGUCUGGUCCCAGCACCCCUGCGUCGCCAUCGUCGCCGACAGCCUCCCCUGCGCCGUUCAGACGCGGCCACGGGCGCCAGGCGAGUCUUGGGACGACGAUGACGAGCCCCAGUACGCGCCGGAGGAGCAUCGAGAGCACGAUGUCGCUCAUCAAGGAGGUCGUCGACUCGAAGGUGCCCAUCCAGGAUCCAGAGCUCAUCAAGCUCGCGGACUCUAUUGCGGGCCAGAGCAGUCCGCGGACCAGUGCGCCGCCUUCGCCCAGUUAAGCACGGGGAGGGUAGCAUGUAUUGCAUCGCAUUACAUUGUGGAUAGGGAUGUGGAUGAUUUGUGUACCGUGACUGGACUGGUGUCGGCUCCUUUGCAUAUGUUGGAAUUUGUCCGUGUAAUGUGCACUUUCGUGUAUAAUCUUUGUUCUCCACUGCAUUUACGAUUUCAAGGUCGCCACACAAUCCUGAUAUGUCAUGGCAUGCCGGCGGAAGAGUAUCGGUCGGCAGGGCUGGAGUUCGGUCCGUCCUUCACAAUACAAGUGCGGUGCGAGAAGUCCCGCUGCGCAG